AUGGCUGGAGAUCUUGACCUGUCUCUUGCUACCCGCCCGAGUAACUUCACGGCUGUGGGUGGCCUGAUCCAAGACAUUAAUGAUCUGCAGAAGAAGCUAGUCGAGGGAGACGAGGAGACACGCCAUGAACUGGUUAUCAAGACCCGCAGCCUUCUUCAGUCCCUCCUAACACCACGUGAGCAAAUGGUACAGCACACUUGGGCGGACCCGGGACUCAAUGCAGCUUUGAUCACUGGAGUCGACACUGGGCUAUGGAAGCUCAUGGCCAAGAAUGGUGUGGAUCAACCCCAAAAAGUUGGCGUUCUGGCCGAGACUCUCAGAGUUGAUCCGGUACUUCUUGGACGUCUUUUGCGCCAUGUCUGCGCAAUGGGUCAUCUGAAGGAGACAGCGCAAGACGAGUACUUACUCACCAACUUCACCAAGUCUUUGGCCCUGGAUGUUAUCGGCGAUGGCUAUGUUGCCCUACUCGGUGGCAUCGGUCGCAGCCCGAUAGAGUUCUCCAAGUUUCUCCGGGACACCAACUGGAAGAAUCCUACUGAUGCUGCACAUACGGCCAUGCAUGCGUCUUAUAAGACAGACUCGCCUAACUAUCCAAGGCAUGAAAACAUGUUCACUGACGACGACUUUACAGUGGGAGGCUAUCGACAAGGGCGCGUGCCCUGGAUGCACCCUUCGUUGUACCCUGUCGAGAAAACCCUGUUCCCAGAUGCGGAUACCUCGCCCGACGCACCGCUUCUUGUGGAUGUGGCCGGAGGCCUUGGCCAUGACAUUGAUGAGUUCAAGAAGAUGUACCCGAAUCAUCCAGGCAAACUCAUUCUUCAGGAUCUUCCCGUAGUCAUCAACGACGUCAGGGGCAUUGACACCAGCAUCGAGCUGAUGGGGCACGACUUCUUGACCGAGCAGCCAAUCAAAGGCGCAAAGGCCUACUUCAUGCACUCAAUCAUGCACGACUGGCCAGAUGACGUAUGCAAGAAGAUCCUGGCUCCCCUGGCAGAGGCGAUGAAGCCCGGAUACAGCAAAUUGUUGAUUUUUGAGGUGGUUAUUCCGCGUACUGGUGCUUACUGGGAGGCCACAGCGGGCGAUAUCCUGAUGAUGACCCAGCUCUCGGCGUUGGAACGCACCGAAGACCACUGGCACCAGCUGAUUGAGGAGAGCGGGUUGAACUUGAGAGUCGUCAAGUUCUGGAAGUGCGGCCAGUCGGAUGUUGAGAAUCUCAUCGAGUGUGAGUUGGUGGCUUAG